AUGGCCACCUUCAAAUCCCAAGCCCUGCAAUGUGUGAAAUGUCUGCGGCAUCGUGGGCCCGACUGGUCGGGCAACUGGUCUGGGAACAACACCAUUCUCUGUCACGAAAGACUUAGUAUCGUUGGAGUUGAUAGCGGUGCCCAACCUCUGGUCAACGAUGAAGGUACAGUGGCUCUGGCCGUCAACGGCGAGAUCUACAACCACCGAAUCUUGCGGAAACAUUUCAAGACCCCUUACAACUUCAAGACUCACAGCGAUUGUGAGGUGAUCAUUCCACUCUACCUGGAACACGACAUUGAUGCUCCCAAGCAGCUCGAUGGCAUGUUCUCCUUCGUUCUUUAUGACAAGGAACAGGAUCGAACCAUCGCUGCCCGAGAUCCCAUCGGUAUUACAUCCUUCUAUAUCGGCCGCUCCUCCAAAACACCUGGCGCCGUUUUCUUCGCCUCGGAACUCAAGGCUUUGGCACCCGUCUGCGACCAGAUCGACUCCUUCCCACCCGGUCAUGUCUAUGACUCAAAAACCGACAAACUCACACGUUACUUUGAGCCCUCGUGGUGGGACCCCAAGCGAGUUCCCAGCACUCCCAUCGAUUACAAGUUGAUCAGACAUACUCUGGAAAAGUCCGUCCUGAAACGGCUCAUGGCCGAGGUCCCCUACGGUGUGCUGUUGUCAGGAGGGCUCGAUUCGAGUUUAACUGCUUCAAUUGCCCAGCGAGAGUCUCUGCGUCAAAGAGCCAUUGCUGAAAAACAACAAGCCAGCAAAUUGACCAACGGAACUACCAACGGAACUACCAACGGAGUGACCAAUGGUCAUGUCACGCCCCGAACUGGCGGCAAAUUGGUAGGCAUUGAUGAUGACGACGAGUUGUCGACCGUCACUUUCCUUCCCCAACUCCACUCCUUUUCGAUCGGUCUGCCGGAUGCCCCUGAUACCAAGGCUGCGAUCGAGGUGGCCAAAUUCCUCGGAACCAAGCACUACGACUUUACAUUCACGAUUCAAGAAGGAUUGGACGCCCUUUCCGAUGUCAUCUACCACCUUGAGACUUACGAUGUUACCACUAUCCGAGCAUCGACACCGAUGUACCUGCUUAGCCGAAAGAUCAAGGCCAUGGGUGUCAAGAUGGUCUUGAGUGGAGAAGGAAGUGAUGAGAUAUUUGGCGGAUACCUCUAUUUCCAUGCGGCGCCAAACAAGGAAGAAUUCCAUGCUGAGACAGUCAAGAGAAUCAAGAACCUCAACCUGGCAGAUUGUCUACGAGCCAACAAGUCAACAUCAGCGUGGGGUGUGGAGGCCCGAGUUCCUUUCCUGGACAAGCAGUUCCUCGAAGUGUCCAUGAACAUCGAUCCUCAAGAGAAGAUGAUCACCAAGGACCGGAUCGAGAAGUACAUCUUGCGCAAGGCGUUCGACACCACAGACGAGCCAGAGGUCAAACCGUAUCUACCAGACAACAUCCUGUGGCGCCAAAAGGAGCAAUUCAGCGAUGGGGUCGGUUAUGGCUGGAUUGAUGGAUUGAAAGACACGGCAGAGGCUAAUGUGACGGAUGAGAUGUUGGCCAACCCCAAACCAGAAUGGGGCAGUGAUGUACCAACCAGCAAGGAAGCUUACUGGUACCGAACCAUGUUUGACGAGCAUUUCCCCUCGUACUGUGCCGGCACAGUGAUGAGAUGGACACCCACCUGGUCUCAACAGACCGAUCCCAGCGGUAGAGCGAUCGGAACUCACGUGGCACGAUACGAGUCCGAGGCCGAGGCAGGGUCAUGA